AUGCGUCCCAAUCCCUCGGUGUCGACGUUCUGCGCCUGUCACAAGGCGAUCCCAGUCCUCGACUUCCUGCAUCUUGAAAGCCCACUGUUUCCUCACAGUCCUGCUUACGCAGGUGCCGCCUUACCGGCCACCAGCAUGGCCCAGCUGGAUGCUUUGUUGCUGUUGCAGGCAAUCUCACAAUCAGAUGCUUCUCCAGCGCUUUGCAGCUUGCAGCAGCUUGGUGUAUUCUUGACAGUUCUCGAUUCUGGAUUCUCGGAGAGCUCCUCAGCCAUAAGAAGCUCGGUACAGACAGACUUGCUCCUUCUUUCGUUGAGAGGUGUUCGGCUGGGAUUCCUCACGUUCACUUGCGACUGCUGGAGUGUGGGGCCAUUGUUGCUUCCCCGCAGCCUCGUCCAGUCGGGACAGUUCCUAGAGCUGGAGGAGCUCAAGAAGUGGAGCAUCAUCUCCUUGGACCUCUCGGACUUCUACCGCGGAGAUGCACUUUCGCCUCUUCGAGGCGUCGCCCGUGCUGAGCCGGUGCUGCCAUCUUCUGGAAGUGGCUGUUUGGAUUCCUUUACUUUGGUGCUGGAUCUCCACGAAGUCGGCUCGGCCCCGCUUGCGCGCGGCUCUGCCCGAGCUGAAGUGCCCUUUUCGUCUGUCGGCUUGUCCUGCGCCGGCGCCAGCUUUUUGGUUCUUGACCUUCUACACUCGGGGCCAUCACCUUUUCCCAGGAGCCCUGCUUAUCCAGGCGUGUCCGCAGCUACCAGUAGUUUUGCUGGUCUGGGUGCUCUGCCAUUGUUGCGCAGCUUGGCCUGGACUGACAGCUUAGCACCGAUGUCGGGGAUACUUUGCCCAGAGCUCCACCCAUCAGCGCUGGGUCUUGCUAGGAUGGGCUCUGUGUUAGUACUGCAGCGAUCCUCACAUCUAGACACCUCCAUGCUGGUGUUGGAGGCCACGCUGCUUGACAGCUCCCUUCUUUUGCGCAGCUUCGGGAGGCUCGACGUCACAAUUUUGAUCUUGAACUUGGCUAGAGCUGAGUUCAGCAUGUUUGCACUGGACUUCCUACUUUUGGGCCUAUCAACUCCGCCGCGAAGUCUCUGCAGACUGGAUCCCGUGACUUUGGCAUCGAGCACCAGUGGCUUAGGUCCCCCGCCUCCCUCGCAGCAACUUGUGUGGAUGAGCCCAUCCCUGCUGCUGCUGUCGCGCGCAAACCUCGAUUUUCUCCUGGCGGUGCUGGACAUGCUUGAGUUUGGCGCUGCUUCACCGAUGCAGUCCACGACCUGCCUCGGCUUCAGUCUUCUCGUGUGCAGACUGGGUCUUCCAGACCUCUCUCUGCUUGUUCUGGACCUUGUCGGCUCUGGACCGUCCCUCUUCCUGCGAAACCUGGGUCACUCGGGUCCAGCCAUGCCUACAUGCAGGAUGAGCUGCCCAGGGUCUCUCCUGUUCGUUUUGGACUUCUUGCAAUUGGAGAGCCCGCUUCCCUUGCGCAGCCUCAGCUGCGCAGCGGCCGCGCUCUCCAUCAAGCUUCAUCGGGUGGAGCCAGGCAUGCCGGCACCAUGCUCCAAACUACUGGGCCCAUCGCCUUCCAUCAGAAGUUUUGCCUAG